CUAUAUUAAGAGCCCUUCCUUCCCACCUUGCCCUCCAAGUCCUCGGACCCCGGCGCCGGCUGCAUCGUGGCUCUAGCGAGAAGGACAGAUCGCAGGGAGGAAGACAAGAAGACGACAGGAUGAAGCAUCUUCAUCAUCUCCCCUUCAUCGCGCUCGCUCUGUCCGUCAUCGGGACCCUCAGUGCGGCCAAAUCGCCGUAUCAGUCGGUCCUGCAGCACAGCAGGAUCAGGGGCAGGCAGCAUGGACCCAACGUUUGCGCCAUGCAGCAGAUCCAGGGCACCGACAAGAAGUACUUCACCAACUGCAAACAGUGGUACCACCGCAAGAUCUGUGGGAAGCCCACGGUCAUCAGCUACGAGUGCUGCCCGGGAUACGAGAGGAUCCACGGGGAGAGGGGCUGUCCUGCAGCUCUUCCCCUGGUGAACAUCUACAAGACCCUGGGCAUGGUGAGCGCCACCACCACGCAGAUUUACUCCGACAGGGCCGAGCUCAAGCCCGAGAUCGAGGGGCCCGGAAGCUUCACGUUCUUCGCCCCCAGCAACGAGGCCUGGGCCGCCCUGCCCGUGGAAAUCCUGGACUCUCUAGUGAGCAACGUGAACAUCGAGCUGCUCAACGCCCUGCACUACCACAUGGUCAACAAGCGCCUGUCCUCCGAUGACCUCAAGCACGGCGCGACCUUCAACUCCAUGUACCAGGACUCCGAUCUACACAUCCACCACUACCCCAACGGAAUCGUGACCGUGAACUGCGCUCGACUGGUGAAGACGGACCAGCACGCGACCAACGGGAUGGUGCACGUCAUCGACAGGGUCAUCACAGCCAUUACCAACGAUAUCCACUCGUUCCUCGACACGGACGACGACCUGGAGAACCUGCGGACCGCUGUGGCUAUGGCGGGAAUGACGACCAUGCUGGAGAGCGAGGGUCCGUACACCCUGUUUGCUCCAACAAAGGAGGCCUUUGAGAAGAUUCCCAGAGCAACUCUAACGAGGAUCCUCAGCGACCCUGUGGCUCUGAAAGACCUGCUCAACUACCACAUCCUGAGGAGCAUCCAGUGCUCCGAGGCCAUUGUGGCCGGCACUCCCAUGGAGACGUUGCAGGGCACCAUGCUUGAGGUGGGCUGCAACGGUAAAGACAUGACCCUCAACGGCAAGGCCAUCAUCACCAGGAAGGACCAGCUUGGAACCAACGGCGUCAUCCAUUACAUUAACGAGCUCCUCAUUCCCGACUCAGCCAAGACGGUGCUGGAGCUGGCUCAGGGAUCUGCCGUUACCACGGCAACCCAGCUUUUCAUCGAUGCCGGUCUGGAGCCUAACCUGUCCGGCUCAGAACCCUUGACCGUCCUGGCUCCUCUGAACGAGGCCUUCAAAGACGUCAACCUGGCCGCCACGUCCGAAACCAGGAAGCUGCUGAGGAACCACAUCCUGAAGGGCCAGCAUUCCUCCAAGGUCCUGUACCACGGGCAGACCUUGGACACCCUAGGAGGCCUCCAGCUCCGAGUGUUCAUCUACCGCAACAACCUGUGCAUCGAGAACACGUGCAUCGCCGCUCACGACAAGACGGGUCGCUUCGGCACCAUGUUCAUCGUGGACAAGGUGCUGACGCCCCCGAUGGGCACGGUCAUGGACGUGCUGAAGGAAGACAGUCGCUUCAGCACCCUGGUGGGCGCCAUCCAGAGGGCGGGUCUCACCGAGCUACUCAACCAGAAGGGCUCCUACACCGUCUUCGCCCCGACCAACGACGCCUUCCGCGCCAUGCCCUCGGGCGAGUACAACAGGCUCAUGGGGAACACUCGGCAGCUCACCAACAUGAUCAAGUUCCACAUGGGCGAGGAGGUCCUGGUGAGCGGCGGCAUCGGCUCGCAGACCUGGAUCAAGCCUCUGCAUGGGGAGAAGCUUGAGCUCAGCGUGAGGAACUCAACCGUGUUCGUGAACAAGGUUCCCGUGGCUGAGGCCGAUAUAAUGGCCACCAACGGCGUGGUGCACGUCGUCCACUCCGUCGUCCAGCCGCUGCCUCCCAAGGUGCUCGGCGACAGGGCCGACGUGUCGGCGGGACAGACGGUCUUUAGACGGGCCGCCGCUAUGAGGUCGAGCCCACAGGGAGUGAAAAACGACCACCUUUCCCAGAAGGUUCUGGAAAGCAGCUCCAGCAGGACCAUGCGGCGCCCCCAGUAGCCGCAGGGCGAAGCGACGAGCGCCGCUCCGGAGUCCCUCCCCCUCGAACGCAACGCAUCGUCGCACUUGAACUUUCAGCGAGCGAAAAAGAGUCGACACACUUCUGCGCCUCCGAGGAGCGCAACGCGGCGCUUGACAUCCUGGGGGGUCGAUAUUUGUACGAUUGUUUCCCGGCGUCAGUCCGAGCGAGAGCGCCGCGUCCCGUGUCCAACGCGUGCAGCUCGCCGCCCACGCGCCUUCCUGUACCACACUCGGUUUAAAGGCAGAACAUAUUUUUGGGAAAUACUGUAUAUCCUCUAUUUUGUUCAUGUACCUGUAGCAUGUUUGCAUGAUUUAAGACGAAACUAGAGCUGCUGUGGGGCUCGUGCUCUCGUCGCCCCGCUUCCGUGUUUCCCCUCCUUCGCACCCGGAGCGCGACCCCCGCUGUGUGGAACCCAACGACCGGUGUGCGAGUUCCAGAAUAAA